AUGCCUAAAUCAGAUGAUCCACGUAAAAUACACAUGGAUGAAGCGAAAAGACGUGCAGGAAUCCCUGUUGAAUUUGACAAACUUCUUACUGAUUCAUUGAAACUAGCAUUUCAGAAGGAAGAUAUUGAUUUUAAUGAUGACGCAAUGUUAAUUGAAUGUUACGAAAAACAUAACAAAACUCUUGAGAAUUACGUUGCAACGGGCAACUGGUAA